AUGGCGUCUUCGGAGCUUCUAGAUACUGAACAUCUUCAACCCCUACGACGAGCUCUUAUCAACUGCCUAUCCACAUCGGUCGCUGAAUACACGUAUACUCGGAUCCUCGAUGGGCAGCCAACUUGCUACAACUAUGCCGGCGACCACUAUUCUGAAGAUUCUUGGCCUGUUAUGCAACACGAAGAAAUCUGUCCCGGAUACCUGGAGAAGGCAAAAAGUCUCCGUUCGGACUUCGACGUGCUUUCUCUGAACUUUGAUGCCAAGCUCGUCCAGACAUAUCAAGACACACAGCCCAAUUCUGUAGCCUGGAAGCUCCGACUCCUUGAGCUUGUCGCUACUGCUUGUCACGAUAUUGCUAUAUUCCUAUACCAGAUGGACAGUGGUGCCCACAAGCACAAGGAGCAUAAGAUUUGGCUCACAGAGCAAUUGAAGAGGUAUCCCAACAAGCGUUCACGGGAACGAAUGCUAUUACCACCAGCUACACUAUUCUGGCAUGGGAGUUUCAGAGACUCGCAUCGCUACCCUAACGGCAUAGCAGAGCUUGCUGGAUGCUGGGCAGAAACGCAGAUAUUUGGGGGCGUUGUUUUGUUUGACCGCGGCAACACCGGUGAAGAGUGUAACGGAGUAUACUUGCACAACAUACGCCGCAACUUCGCCCUCGCACCACCAACAGAGCAACAAAUCAAUCACCUGAUAGCGUUCCUUCUGUCAACCGCUCCAGAUCACGAGCACUACCCUCUACCAAUCAAGGUGACACCUGAAAAUAGGUGGCGUUGGGAUGCGUACGAUGCUAUGACCAAGUAUAACAUCUUCAGAAAUCGUCACGAGAUCCCGCAGCGAUAUCGAGGACGCCCGCGGUGUGUCAUCUCAGAGCAUAGCUGGCCAGAUUACACCGAGGCCUGCGAGAGGGCGGACGAGGCGGCUAAACAAGCCGCGGGCGAGCCAUAUGAUGAAGUUUUCAUGGCGGAGUCGGAAGGGAGGCGGCUGCAUGUCACCCCUACUUCUAUGCUUUGGACCGGUUGA